AUGUCCUUGGAGUCGCAAAUCAGUAAAGACACCGUCGUCGAUGUCGCCGAGCACGAUGUCAUCAACCACGUCAAGCUGUCACCGCUCGUUCGUUUGCGUCGCCAGAUGAGGGAAGAGCUUGCCGAAUUUUUCGGUACCUUCAUCUUGAUCAUCUUCGGAAACGGCGUCUGCGCACAGACAUCUCUCCACAAAAACACGGGAGAGUACUUAUCCAUCAACUUCGGAUGGGCGAUCGGUGUGUUGAUGGGCAUCUACGUCAGUGCGGGGAUAUCAGGUGCACACCUGAAUCCCGCCGUUACGAUCGCCAAUGCCGUCCAUAGCAACUUCCCCUGGCGGAAAGUCCCCCGCUACUGUGCGGCCCAGGUGUUGGGCGCUUUUAUGGGCGCCGCGAUCGUAUUCGCUAAUUAUCACUCUGCACUCGACGCCUUCGACGGAGGUGUUCGCCAGACGACUGGCGACUUAAAGACCGCCGGCAUCUUCGCCACCUACCCCCAGGCCUACCUGACCACCGUCGGCGCCUUCUUCUCGGAAUUCAUCACCACAGCUGUCCUCAUGAUCGGGCUCUUUGCCAUCGGCGAGAGCAGGCACGCUGACCGCCCCAAGUCCCACUCCGCCAUCGCCGUCGCACUGCUGAUUCUCGGUCUCGGUAUCUGCUUGGGCGCUCCCACCGGCUACGCCAUCAACCCUGCCCGCGAUUUUGGCCCCCGUCUCCUCACCCUCGUCGCCGGCUGGGGCACGGACCCCUUUACGGUUAGCAACUACUACUUUUGGAUCCCAAUCGUUGGCCCCAUCACCGGCGGUAUCUUCGGAGGCUUCGUAUACCAGGCUUUUACCGAGUAUGACAAUGCCCCCAUAUUAUGGACAAAGUCAUCGGUACGCCGUUUGCUUCCAAACGCUAGGAUUUGCACUCAUAAUAUGUACGCAGUAUAUAUUAGGUAG